AUGGUUGGAAGUGAUGGCGGUAGCAGCUCGAAUACCGAGAAAUCGGUUCCAAAUUCAACAGCGCUUCAAUGCCCGAUGUUGAAUAAGGUUAAUUAUACUAUUUGGGUGUUGUGUAUCCGUGCGAUUUUUAACGUUCAUGGUGUGUGGGAGGCCAUUGAACCCGGAACUGAAACCGAUGUGAAGAAAAACAAUAUGGCGGUUGCCUUGUUGUUUCAAUCCAUACCGGAAGAACAGAUCUUGCAAGUUGGUAAUAUGAAGACGGCAAAAGAGAUGUGGGAUGCACUGAAAGCGCAUCAUCUGGGAGCCGAUCGGGUACGUGAAGCAAGACUACAGACACUCAUGUCAGAAUUUGAGGCGUUAAAGAUGAAGGAUUCUAGCACAGUUGAUGAGUUUUCUAGCCAGUUAACAGGUAUGUCUUCAAAAGCGGCGUCUCUCGGUUCUAUAAUAGAGGAACAAAGGAUCGUGAAAAAGUUUCUUAGUGGUUUACCAAGGCGGUUCAUCCAUAUGGUAGCCUCAGUUGAGCAACUUGUGGAUCUAAAAACAGUCGCAUUCGACAAUGUUGUUGGUCGAAUAAAGGCGUAUGAAGAACGAAUAAAAGAUGAAGAAUUGUUGUCGGAUAAUCAAGGUACUCAAACAAAACUAAUGUUUAAUAAUUCUAAUGCCUCUUCAAGUUCUAGACAGACUUCACGCGAUUCGAGUAGGGGACGCGGGAAAGGCUGGAACCGUGGACGUGGUGGUGGUGGACGCGGUCGAAACCAAUCCGGUCAAAAUCGCGGGUCAUAA